UUGAGUUCAUUCCUAUAUCAAAAACCUCUUGCUUGGUUGGGCAUUUGUCAUUUUUCUCUACUUAAUUUAUUUAUUUUUGAUCGAUCCACUUUGGUAGCCCGAAACCACACAAAAGGCUACACGAUACUUUGAAAUCAAGAAGGGUUAACAAAUUCAGCAUAUCAGAGUUUGAAAGUGAAAAGAAAACAGAAUUGUGUGAAGCUAAAUUAGAAGAAAUGGCAAGACCAACAGCAACAGCCCACAUUUUCAAGUCAAAAUUACCAGACAUACCCCUCCCCAACAACGUCCUUCUCCACACAUACUGCUUCCAAAAACUCCCCGAAAUCGCCCACCGCCCAUGCCUCAUCGCCGGCGACAGAACCUACAGCUACGCCGAAACCCACCUCCUGUCGCGGAAGGUCGCCGCCGGCAUGUCCAAGCUCGGCGUCCGCAAGGGCGACGUCGUCAUGAUCCUCCUACCCAACUCCCCGGAGUUCAUCUUCUCUUUCAUGGCGGUCUCCAUGCUCGGUGCCGUGGCCACCUCCGCCAACCCCUUCUACACGGCCGCAGAGAUCUCCAAGUACCUGGCCGCCUGCAAGCCGACGCUCGCGGUGACGGAGGCGGCCACCGUCCACAAGCUGGACAUGGGGUGGGGCCUGAAGGCGGUGGUGACGGUGGAGGAGCCGGCGGAGAAUUGCGUGAGGUUCUGGGAUGUGGCAGCGGCGGACGAGAAGGAGGCUCCGGCGGUGGAGAUAUUCUGGGAGGAUGCGGUGGCGCUGCCGUUCUCGUCGGGCACGACGGGGGUGGCGAAGGGGGUGGUGCUGACGCACAAGAGUCUGAUGACGAGCGUGGCGCAGAUGAUGGAGGGAGAGAACCCUAACUUGUACAUGACGGAAGAGGACGUUAUUCUGUGCGUGCUUCCGCUGUUUCACAUCUUCGCUAUGCACUGUGUGAUGAUGUGUGGCCUGAGAGCGGGCAGCGCUAUUCUGCUCAUUCCUCAGUUUGAGAUUAGGGCGUUGCUGGAGGCCAUAGAGCGCCACAGGGUCACGGUGGCCAUGGUGGUUCCACCUCUCAUCAUAGCCCUCACCAAGAACCCCGCCCUCCAUCAUUAUGACCUCACCUCCAUCCGCUUCGUCAUGUCCGGUGCUGCCCCUCUCGGCCUCCAGCUCCAAGAGGCUCUAGCCAAUAUAUUGCCCAACGCUAUUGUCGGACAGGGGUACGGCAUGACCGAGUCUGGCCCUGUCUUGUCCAUGUGUUUGGGCUUUGCAAAGAAGCCAUUGCCUACCAAGGUAGGCUCAUGCGGAACAGUUGUAAGAAAUGCAGAGUUGAAAGUAAUUGAGCCUCAAACAGGUUUUUCUCUUCCACGUAACCACCCUGGUGAGAUUUGCGUCCGUGGCCCUCAGAUCAUGAAAGGUUACCUCAAUAACCCCCAGGCUACUGCAGCCAUGAUUGAUGCACAUGGUUGGCUUCAUACGGGUGAUAUUGGCUACGUCGAUGACGAUGAUCACAUUUUCCUCGUUGAAAGAUUAAAGGAACUCAUCAAAUUUAAAGGCUUCCAAGUGCCUCCAGCAGAACUUGAAGACCUUCUUAUGAGCCACCCUUCCAUUGCAGAUGCCGCUGUUGUCCCCCAAAAGGACGAUGUUGCCGGUGAACUUCCAGUGGCUUUUGUCGUCAGCUUUGAUCUAACACUAACAGAAGAGGCUGUAAAGGAUUUUAUAGCUAAACAGGUAGUGUUUUACAAAAGACUACACAAAGUGCAUUUUGUUCACGCAAUUCCAAAGUCUAUCACCGGAAAGAUAUUAAGAAAAGACCUCGUAGCAAAGAUCGCCAGCAUAGCUGAGAGGACCUAGUCACAAAUAAUAGUAACAAUAAUAAUUUGAAAAUAAAAAUAGUUGUUAUUGUGAGUUAAUAUGUAAUGUGGGGUAUUAUUAUUUUAUAACAACUAAGUAUUUGAAAUGUUAUUGUUAUUAUGUUAAUUUAACAUAUUAAUAAAAGGUGAUGUAUUGGUUAAUGGUCAA